AUGAGCCAACUUCCUCCGAAGAGUGCUUUGGCAUCCCUGGUGUCAGAGGGCACGAAUUCCAGGGUAGAGGCUUUGGACAACUUGUCAAUGGACAGUUUUUGGCUGGAAGUAGAGAACAUUAAACAGAGCGCUGAAGCCGAGCAAGAGGAAUGCAGCCUUGCAGAUGUCAAAACACAAGAGGAGGGAGAGGCUGAAGCUGAGUGGCUCCAGGACGCAGGUCUGUCCAACCUCCUGGGGGACUGUGCCUCAGACAGUGACAACAUCGUGCUGCUCUCCACCCUGACCAAGACCCAGGCUGCUGCCGUGCAGCGCCGGCUGGACACCUACUCCCGCUCUCGCAGGAGGAAGAACAAGCAUCCUGUGCGUGAUGUCCGAGACAUUUUUGGGGUGGUCGACUCAGAGGAGUCAGCAGCAGAGAAAAAGGAGCCCAGCCCAGAUCCAUUGUGGCACAACCUACGGCCUUCAAAUGCACAGAGAAAAACCCAGGAUUACUCCUGCACAGUUCGAAAUCCUGGAAAAGAGGAAGCAUUCAACAUGGAUGUUGCCUACUCAGAGCAAGCAGCUGUCCUGCUCAAGAGAUCGUUUCUGUCUGAUUCUAGGAAGUUAAAGGAUGGAAAUGCCCUAACUAAAUUUAAGAUCCCUAAGGGCAGACUAGGAGUGACCAGGAUUGGAGAUCUGUCUGCUCAGGACAUGAAGAAGAUCCCCACACUGGCCCUCAUUGAACUAACAGCUCUCUGUGAUAUCCUGGGUUUUGAGCUGAAGAGAAACAAAGCAGCAAAACUGAAAACAACAGAGAAAAGACUCUUCGGAGUUCCACUCAACACGCUGUUAGAAAAUGACCAAAAGCUGCUCCCCAACACAAAGGUCCCUCUGCUGCUCCAGGCACUGCUGUCGUGCUUGGAGAAGAGAGGACUUGAAACAGAGGGCAUUCUACGAGUUUCUGGGUCACAGACCAGAAUCAAGAGUCUGGAACAGAAGCUGGAAAAGGACUUCUACACUGGCCUGUUCCGCUGGGAUGAAGUGCACCAGAACGACGUGUCUGGGCUGCUGAAGAGAUUCAUACGAGAGCUGCCAGCCCCUCUGCUGACAGCAGAGUACCUCCCUGCCUUUGCUGCUGUGCAAAAUAUUCCAGACUUGAAGCAAAGAUUGCAAGCUCUGAACCUCCUGAUCCUGAUUCUACCAGAGCCCAACAGAAACACUCUGAAGGCUCUACUUGAGUUUCUCAGCAAAGUGGUUGCCAGGGAGAACAACAACAAGAUGAACCUCUGGAACGUUUCCACAGUCAUGGCCCCAAACCUCUUCAUGCACAAGGGGCUGCCAAACAAGAUCCCUGAGGGGAAGGAGAAGCAGCUGGCAGAGGGGGCGGCUGACGUGGUGCGGAUGAUGAUCCACUACCAGGAUUUGCUCUGGACUGUCUCCUCCUUUUUGGUAGCUCAAGUGAGAAAGCUGAAUGAGAGCAACAGCAAAAGGUACCAGUUCUGCGACAAGAGAAUUAAGAAUCUGUUGAGGAAGAUUCAUGCUGAUAAAGACAAGGUGGAAAAGAACCAGGCAGAGCCAUCCAAGAUCGUGAAAGUCCACGCAUCACUCCUCCUGAAGGACUCGCUGGAGGUGCACUUGAACAAUGCAACCAGAGUUGCUGAUGUCCUGAAGCUGUUUCAAAAGAACCUGUGCCAAAAUGGCUGGAAUAUUGUUAACACUGUCAACCUCCUCAAGUGUAACAACUCAAUGGACUGCACAAACUUGCUCCUGUAUGAAGUGGGAGGCAAUAUUGGGGAACAUUGCCUGGACCCAGACACUUACCUUUUGGACUUGUACCACAUCAACCCCCAUGCUGAGUGGAUAAUUAAGCAAAACCCAUCUUAUCCUCGGAUGUUCUAAGGAAAGCAUGAGUGAAGCAUUUGGUUGAAGUUUUUGGAAGGCAUGGAAAAGCUUAGAGAUGUUCCUGGU